AACCAAAGAUUGCAGAUGGGCGGAGCACUCCUCAGCAGCUACUCUUUUUCUGACAGAGAAGACAAACACUGCGUUGACAGCUGCAUCUUAUGCAUCUUAAUUCCAAACCAAACGCACCUAAGCUUGUGGAAAUGCAGUGUUGGAUCGUAAUAAUGAUCGUUCUUCACGUCCUGCAGGUCCAAGCCUGCGAUCUCGAAAAGCACUACCUGAAUGAUAAUAAGGAAUGUUGCGACAUGUGUAGGCCUGGAACAAGGAUGCCUAACAGGGUCGACUGCAAAGAACCUGCGUGUGUCAAUUGCCAAAAGAACGAAUACCAGGAAGGUUACACAACAAAUACGAAAUGUUCUCUGCAGCCAUACUGUGAUCCAAAUCUUCAUAUGGAACCAACACCCCCCAUAACAAUGGAACAUAUAAGUCCGUGUAGGUGUAUGGAGGGUUUUCACUGUGUCAACGAACUGUGUGCCACCUGUGUCCUGAAUAGCCAAUGCCCACCUGGCUUCAAGGUGUCAGAAAACGCCACUCAGAAGACUGACACCAAAUGUGAUGAAUGCCCUCCUGGAACUUUCUCAGCUGCAUUUUCAUUAGAGAGCAGCUGUCAGCCAUGGACAGAGUGCAACAAUGACAAGCCACGGCAACAAGGCACUACAAUGACUGACAACAUUUGUAAAGAUGGGAAAAAAACAGCCCACAUUGGUGUUGCUGUUUUUGCAACAAUUUUUGUCCUGGUGGUCAUUGUGGGCAUUAUCAUUUUCUGUCUAAAAGGUAAAUGCGAAGAGCCAUGCCCAAAGAAUGUUUUGAAUGUGUGGACAAAGACAUGGGAGAAAGAGAAAAGACAAGACCAAUUUGAACCUCUGAAGAAUAAAGAAGACAUUGAGGCUGGGAUGAAUGAACAGACUCUGCGACAGGCUGAGGAAAAUGAGGUCAAGGAAGAUGAGACAGACCGAACACCUGUUCAGAUGCUGAUGCCACAAGAGACAAUAAUAAACUAUACAAGGACAGGAGAUACUCUGGAACACCAUAGUUCAGAUUCCGUCAAACAAAGAAAAUAUCAGCCAGUCACCACGAGAGGAGAUGACAAAAGACUGACUGUGGUAAAGUGUAGAGGCAAAUGCCCGCAGGACUGCAAACAUCAAACGUUGUAGUUGGAAAGAGUGACACACAUUGCUUGAGUGGUGGUGCAAGGUCAUGGACUCAUUUGUACAUCAAGCACGUUUCAGCAAAGAAAAGAAAACUGUCAAAGGUCAACAAGUUAUUUUUUUUUUAAUAAUGGGGCAGUGAUGGUAGUCAUCUGGACAAUAUUGGGACUAUGCACGCUAUGGGAAGAGUGAGUUUUGAACCAAGUCUUAUGAGGUAUUCAGACACUACCACAGAACUAUGGACAAACUCACAAACUCAUUGUCAGCAUUCUCUACCAACCCCCCCCCCCCCACCUUGCCCCCCCCCCCCCCCAUGUUUUCCAGUGAUUCUUAUCAGAUUCACUCCGUCACUCGUUUAACACAAAAAGUGGUGUUUGCACUGAUGGUGAUUGGGAGGAUAUCUUUGUUAUGUAGAUUCUGAAAUGUCCUUCCCUGUUGGAAUUAUGUGUUCAUAGAUGCUUUUCAUAAAGUAUUACUUAGGAACUGCAUGUGAAUUUGUUAGUGAAUUCAAAAGUGUGUGUGUACUGUGUGUGUCUAUGGACAUGUGUGUGAGUAUGUUUUCACUUGACUAUCAAUGUCAGGGUCAUGGUUGUAUCUCUUCAUUGAUGUCCCUUUGUUUCAUUCGACAACAAUUUAAACAUUGUAGACAUCAUCAGGGACCUGAGUCAAAAUGUCAGAAUAUGUGCCAGCUAUUGCAGACCAUAUAACCGUGUCAUAGUUUAAAGUAUAACAAGAUGGAAUUCUAGUCUAAAACUAGCAAACUGACCACCUAAAAAGUUAGUAAAAAACGGCCAAACACCAUCAACUGCCCAGUUGGCAUUGUGCAAACCGGGUAUCAUUGUGUGAUAUUUUGGUAUUGUGCAAACCUGCGGACAUGGUAUCUAUUGGUAUCAUUGUGUGAUAUUUUGGCAAAUACUUUUCUUUCAUGUCCUGAGUGGGAAGGACAAGUUAUCUGCCCUUCACACAACAAUAUAUCAAACAUGUAUUUAAAGAUCAUACCAAGGGUAGUUGCUAUGAAAACAUACAUAAAAGUGGCAAAUUGUAACAUAUUGUUGCUUUACUUGAUUUCUGCAAAGGGCAGCAACCUAUAUACUGAUACUCAUUAUAAAACUAUAAAAGUGAUACUGUGUCUUUGAGUAAGGCUGGAAUGACAGCAGUGAAUGUGUUAUCAUCAUAUAUACCUUUAAGUGUUCUGCUUCUUCUGAACACAGCACUUUUAUGUUAGGGUUUUAAAAUGUUUUUUACAUUGUACAGUUGCAUUUUACAAUUUAGUUCAGAAGUUCAUUGAAGGAUAUUUGUUACAGAAAUAAUUUGAUGAUUAAGCAGUGACACAGUCUUGAGUACUGGCCAGUGUGCCAAUCUGGGAUACAAAGCACAAAUUCAGAAUAUUUUCAAAGUUAUUACUCUGGUAUUAUACAGAUGAAUAUCAUAGUGAUAUGCUGAGAUAAUUCAUUAAAAAAUGCAUUUUGUUUACUAAUGUGCUACCUCUAAGCCUACCUCUUCUCUGUUGUUUGGUAUUUGGGACAUGACAUCUACAUUUGGAAGCCAUUUGUAAAACAAAAGUGACAAGGAAGCCAAGAGCCAAGGGCCCACUGUUUUCAGGGCCUAGAUAACAAAGCUGGCUGAAGGCUGUGGGGGAGCUGCUCUCAUGGAAAUGAGCAACCAGGCGGACAAUGUAGCUCCUAAUCUCUUCAGAGAGAGAGUGUGUAUCUGAUUUUCAUUAAAAACUGCCUGCCAUUGACACACUGAACACCCACCCAGAAACACUCACAGGACCGCCCCCACCCCCUCCACACACACACACACACACAACACCAAUGUUUAACCACAGGCUUCUCUUACACAGCAAAGGAUAGAUAGAUGGCAGCUCCCCCUCAACACACACACACACGCAACAGAGGGACUAGGAUUA